GUAUAUGGGGUUGAAACUCGUAUUCGCGGCCCAAGAGCCCCCCCCGGCUGAGCCCUUCCGCUCUAUUGGUCACAAGCUUGGAUAAUCUUCCUUGGCGGGGCGGUGACAAAAAUCCCAAAGCCGCUGAAAACCCUAAUGCCCUCACCAUCACAGCAUUUCCUCUUGGAGUCAUCAAUCAUGUAUACGAAACGGAUCGGACUUUGCUUGGCUUCCCAAAUCUGAAACCAUCGAGUUUCAGUGCCAUGAUUCUCCAUAUCUGCUCAAAGUGCUUCUCUUAGUUUUAUCUUAUAUGCCUCACCUCACUCUGAUCUGUCUCACUUACCAUCCCCAUGAAGAAUAGGGACUCAAAGCAAAAACCCAGUUGGAAUUCUGGUCAUAACCAUAAGAGAAUUGUGAUUGAGAAUAUCUGUGAACCUAGAGCUGAGCCUAGUGAUGGCGCGGCGUUGCAGAUGACCCUCUUAUUCUUCACAACCCGUACCCAUUGGGUUCGAGCCUCCAAGGUCGCCACUGCCCAUUUCCAUAGUCUCGCCCACGGAGGAUCUUGGUCCAGGCCUUUCAAUGACAAAGAGGUAAUCUUAAACCGAAACUCUGAGGCUUGGUUUGUUAAGGUUGUUUGUACUCUAUUUGUUCGUUCGCAUUUGUCAGAUACUUGUUUGGGUCAUUUGAGGAAGAACUUGACCCCGUUGAUUGCGUUUGAGGUUGUUAGACGGUUAAACAAUCCAAAAUUGGGCUUGAAGUUCUUUGAGUUCAGUAGGGAGAGUUUGAGUGUCAGUCAUUCUUUCAACACCUACAAUUUGCUUAUGAGGUCCCUAUGUCAAAUGGGUCUUUACGAUUCCGCGAAAAUGGUAUUUGAUUGCAUGAGGAGUGAUGGGCAUUUGCCUGAUAGUUCGGUUGUUGGAUUUUUGGUAUCGUCGUAUGCACAAGUGGGAAAGUUUGAUCUUGCCAAAAAAUUGCUUGCUGAGGUUCAGUUUGAUGAGAUUGGAUUAAGUUCUUUUGUGUAUAAUAAGUUAUUGGACGAGUUGGUCAAGAGGAAUCUAGUUGACGAGGCCGUUUGCUUAUUUAGAGAGCAUAUGGGAUCAUAUUCUCAUCUGGAUACUUGCACUUUCAAUAUUCUUAUUAGAGGUUUGUGCAGAAUAGGAGGAGUUGAUAGGGCUUUUGUGUUUUUUAAUGACAUGGGGAGUUUUGGUUGUUCUCCUGAUGUUGUUACCUACAACACUCUUAUAAAUGGAUUAUGUAGGGUCAAUGAGGUAAAUAGAGGGCAUGAAUUAUUGAAGGAGGUUAAAUCAAGAAGUGAGCUUAAACCGAAUGUUGUAACUUAUACAUCGGUAAUAUCAGGGUUUUGCAAGUUGGGUAAGAUGGAUGAGGCCUCUGUUCUUUUUGAUGAGAUGGUUAAUUCAGGAAUAAAACCAACUGCAAUCACUUUUAAUAUUCUCAUUGAUGGCUUUGGUAAGGCGGGCAAUGUGGUUUCCGCAUCAGCCAUGUAUGAGAGGAUGCUAUUUCUUGGUUAUUUUCCGGAUGUUGUUACCUUCACUUCCCUAAUUGAUGGGUAUUGUCGAGCCGGACAGUUAAAUCAGGGUUUGAAGCUUUGGGAUGAGAUGAAUGCAAGAAAUGUGACUCCAAAUGUGUAUACUUAUUCUGUUCUUAUAAAUGCUUUAUGCAAGGAAAAUAGACUGCAUGAGGCUGGCGACCUUUUGAGGCAUAUGAAGUGGCGUGAUAUUGUUCCAAAACCAUUUAUGUAUAACCCUGUAAUUGAUGGGUUUUGCAAGGCUGGCAAUGUAGACGAGGCAAAUAAGAUAGUGGCAGAGAUGGAGGAGAAGAAAUGUAACCCAGAUAAAGUCACAUUUACAAUCCUCAUCAUUGGGCAUUGUAUGAAAGGGAGAAUGUUUGAAGCAAUCAGCAUCUUUGAUAAGAUGUUAUCAAUCGGUUGUGCUCCAGAUACCAUUACUGUGAAUUCUUUAAUAUCUUGCCUUUUGAAGGCUGGUAUGCCUAAUGAAGCCUUUCGCAUUAAGCAAACUGCAUCUAAGGACCUGGACUUGCGUAUGUCAUCUUUUAAAGAAGCUAUUCAUUUAAGAACAGAUAUGGCUAUUCCAAUGGCUGUUUAAUUGAAGGGCUACCACGGAAGUGAACUUGAAGCAUA